AUAAAAGUCGACGAAGGGAAGGACACCUUUUAAUUCAAAAAGUGAGGCAAUAGUUAGAGGAAGAAGGGAGAACAGUUUUUUCAUUAUCAGAAUUUAAAGGAUGGAAAAUGAAGGCUGGAGUAGGUGUCUUUGCUCUGCAGUUACUCUUGUAUCAAUAAUAUUGGCUACAAUUAUUCUCCUACUCCAAUCAGAUAACUGCCUCGCUAAGCGACACCCACCAUGUCCUACUUCAUGUGGCCAAAUUCGCAUAAGUUACCCAUUUCGACUGAAAGGCGACCCAGGUGAGUGCGGCGACCCAAGGUAUGAGUUAGAUUGCGUUAACAACGCCACUCUCUUAUUAACCUUUUCCUCGGCAAAAUACCUUGUACGAGAGAUCGAUUACAAGGGAUACAAAAUCGUUCUUAGAGACCCAGGUCAGGACGAGGACGCUAAUUGCUCUUUCAUCCCUCGCAAUUUCUUAUCGGCUUCGGUUUUCUCAUAUCAUUUCGGAUCGGAGCCUUUCAGUUGGGAAUACUGGUAUACUGUUGGAAUAGGAUACUUCAACUGCUUGAAUCCUGUGAGUGACGAUCCACGAUAUGUUAAGGUGGACAGGAGUGGAUGUGGCAGCGGAGGGCACGUGUACGCCGUAUUAGGAUCUUCGUAUGAUGUUGGUGUGAAGGACAUCAAGGUUGGAUGCGAUCUGAUGGUGGCUACGGUUUGGACACCGAAACAGAAUGUUACCUACCACAAGUAUGAUGAGUCUGACAGCUGGGAGGUUGAAGUGCUUGAAGGAAUAUCGGAGCGGAAUGUUACAUAUGAUGAUAUCCAACGCAAAAUAAGUGAGGGAUUUUGGUUGUCGUGGUUGUCCAUUGUUUGCGAGGAUAGAUGUGGAAGGGGGACAGAGUGUCUGCAUAUCAAUGAAUCCAGCGGAGAAGUCUUUUGUAAGAACCAUUACUGUCAUUACGCUUACCACACCACCCAAAAGUGCGAACCUUGGCAAAAGGUUUUGGGCUAUAUUCGAGCUUAUCUUAGAGGCAUUAUUUAUGGUAAGAUCCUUCUUCGUGAUUCCUAAAAUUUGAAUCACAUC